UUCGCGCGGUAGGCCCGAAAAGACGAAGAGGUCCUGUAACCCUAUUUUAAUGGAUAUAGUCAUUUUAAUACAAUUCCCCUGAAUUUUAUGUGGUAGCUUAGAACAAAUUUACGUGAGAAUGUUAUAUGGUAAGAUUGUAGUAAUCAAAAGAAGUGGUGCUGAUGGAGCCCAGUUCCCUUUAACCACCAGUAACUGCUUGUUUGGAAGGAGCAAUGAUUGUGACAUAAGAAUUCAGCUUCCAAAUGUGUCAAGAGAGCACUGUAGAGUUAGUGUAGCAGACAAUGGAGAGGUUCAUUUGACAAACCUGAGCACGGUCAAUCCAAUUACAGUCAACUCAAAAUAUAUUGACACCACAUUAAAACUUCAUCAUGGAGAUGUGUUUACAAUCAUAGACAGAUCUUUUCGCUUUGAAGUUCCUAUUGUAACAGGGAAGUCCCCAAUGAGAAGCCCUUUGAAGAAUUCCAUUAUUACUCCAGUGAAAGGAUCACCAAAUAAGGGAAUGGGUACACCUAAGAAUGUUGAUAUGAACGAGACCUUAGCUUUGAAGCCAUUAUCACCCAGUAACAGAAAAAGUAUAGGAGGAUCAUCAAUUAAGAAAACUCCAGCUGGUCGUACACUUACUCCCCAGCCAGCUAAAACAAUUAAACCAAAUUCUCCAAGACAUAAUUCUACUCCAGCAAACUUGAAGAAUACAAUGAAAAUACUUACACCAAAAUCCAAACCUCCACAUCCGUCUGAAGGUGUAGACAGCAGUAGUAAAAGAAAGAAACCGAGAGUACAGUCGCCAUCUCCAGUUAGAGGCUGUGCCAAGAAAGUUCAUGUAUCAAGAGCAGAUGGUAGAGUAAAUACUCCUGCAACAUCUCCUGCUAGAAAAUCUUUGCCUGAUUCAAAGUCAAAUAAAACACCAGGAAGAACUCCAAAGACAAAAACUCCUUCUAAAUCACCAGCGAAAUCUGUCCUAGAAAAUGCUGCCGCUAGGACUCCUGCAAGGAAUAAGACACCUGCAAAAUCUGAGACAAAGACUCCAAAAACACAAACCUCUGCCAAGUCAUCUGCUAAACCACUUUCACCAGAUGUGGUAACUCAAGCUAAAACUCCAAGAUCAAAAACACCAGCAAAGUCACCUGUAAGAUCAGUAUCACCAGCUGCUAAAACUCCAAGGUCAAAAACACCAGCAAAGUCACCUGUAAGAUCAGUAUCACCAGCUGCUAAAACUCCAAGGUCGAAAACACCAGCAAAGUCACCUGCAAGAGUAGUCUCCUCAGUUAUCAAGGCACCUGUAAAAUCACCUAGGAGAAAAUCUUCAGAUGCCAAAAGUCCAAUUGCAAAAACACCAGCAAAGUCACCUAGUAAAUUAGUUUCACCAGCUGCAAAGACUAUUGCUGCAAAAACACCAGCCAAGUCACCUGGUAGAUCAGUCUCACUAACUGCUAAGACCCCUGCUGCAAAAACACCUGCAAAGUCACCUGCUAGAUCAAUCUCACCAGCUGCUAAGACCCCUGCUGCAAAAACACCAGCCAAGUCAUCUGCCAGGUCAAUCUCACCAGCUGCUAAGACCCCUGCAGCUAAAACACCAGCAAAGUCACCUGCAAGGUCAGUCUCACCAGCUGCUAAAACAUCAGUAAAGUCACCUGGUAGGUCAGUCUCACCAGCUGCUAAAACACCAGCAAAGUCACCUGGUAGAUCAGUCUCACCAGCUGCCAAGACUCCUGUUACAAAAACCCCAGCAAAGUCACCUGGUAAAUCAGUUUCACCAGCUGCCAAGACACCUGUUACAAAAACAACUGGUAGGUCAGUCUCACCAGCUGCUAAAACACCAGCAAAGUCACCUGCUAGAUCAGUAUCACCAGCUGCAAAAACACCAGCCAAGUCACCAGUAAGAUCAGUCUCACCAGCUGUUAAGACUCCUCUUGCAAAAUUGCCAGCCAAGUCACCUGGUAGAUCAGUCUCACCAGCUAUCAAGACUCUUGCAAAAACACCAGCCAAGUCACCUGGUAGAUCAGUUUCACCAGCUGCAAAAACAUCUACCAAGUCACCUGCAAGAUCAGUCUCACCAGCUGUUAAGACUCCUGUUGCAAAAACAGCUGCUAGAUCAGUAUCACCGGCUGCAAAGACACCAGCCAAGUCACCUGUAAGAUCAGUCUCACCAGCUGUUAAGACUCCUGUUGCAAAAUCGCCAACCAAGUCACCUGUAAGAUCAGUAUCACCUUCAAGGUCAACCUCACCAGCUGCAAAGACUCCUGCUAGAAAAACACCAGCCAAGUCACCUGCAAGUUCAGUUUCACCAGCUGCUAAGUCUCCUGUUUCAAAAUCACCAGCUAGAUCACCUGCAAGGUUAACCUCACCAGCUGCCAAGACUCCAGUUGAAAAAAAGCAAACAAAAUCACCGAAAACAUCUUCACCAAAUGCUAAAACUCCUGGCAAGUCUCAGUCUCCAGUGAUGAACACAACACCUAGGUCAAGGUCAUUGUCACCUGCAGAAAAAUCAACAGCAAAGAAGACCCCAAAAUCCAUCAACAGAAGAAAGACUAUGCCAGCAGGCAGUCCUUAUCAUCCACCAACAGAAGACCUAAGGACAGAGUUGUCUGAAGUAAGGAGAAGAUCACAGCCAUUGAUUACAGAAAGCCCUGCAGCAUCUCCAAAAGUAAAAAGUGGGAGUAAAAGGAAAUCUACCAAAAGUAUUGGCCCAGAUGCCAAAAAGAAGAGAAUUUCAUUUGGUCCAUCAUUAAGUCCAGAAAUGUUUGAUAAAAAACUGCCACCAAUAACCCCAGUAAGAAAAGGUACAACACCAAGGAGAUUGUCUGAGCCAUUUAGUGUUUUAUCACCAAAAUCAUUAUUAAAAAGAAAGUCACUGGCUAUUUUUAGAAAAGAGUCUACAAUCACUGAGGAAAGUCCUAGUAAGGAGUCGCCAGUAAAGAGUGCAAAAUCAACUCCUGCAAGAAAAUCUCCUAAAACACCAACCAGAAAGUCGCCUGUAAAGUCUCCGAAAUCUACACCAGUGACAACCAAAUCUCCAAGAACAACACCUGCAAAAGGAAAGAGUCUUCGAUCUCCAAAAUCACAGAAGAGUACACCUACAACAAGCCCAAAGAGAGUUAAACGCCUGUCGACAUCUUUAUCUGAAGAAAAAUUAAAUGCAGACAUUAGUUAUACAGGUAUCGAAGAGUUAAUGAAAACCCCAAAGGUUGCAACAAGUACUCCUAAAGCAGGAAAGGCCUCUAGUGGACAGCCUAGACGUGCAAGCACUGGUGCUCUUAACCUGACUGGAGUGAAGAGACUUAUGAAAACUCCCAAAAAUAAAUUGGAUGAUGUUAGCUUUACUGGGUUAUCAGCGAUUAUGAAAACACCUGAAGCAGAAGGACAAGAGGUAAAGAAAGUCACACCAAAGUCAACAAGAAAAUCAAUUCAAGGAAAGAGAAAUCCCUCGCCAAAAUCAACAAAAAAAGCUACACCAGCUAAAAGAACUCCAACGCCACGCAAACCAAGUCCAAAAUCAUUGAAGAAAACUCCUAGAUCACAUAAGAAGUCCCCACCAUCAACAAUUAGAAAUGCUGUGGCUAUCAGGGCAAUACAUGGAAAAAUGAAAACACCUAAACUUCCAACUAAUCUUUGGUCUGAAAUUGUCAAGAAAGGCAUUGCUGAAAAAGGAGUAGCCAGACGACAAUCUGCAAAGAAACCUCUGCCAGUUGUGCAGAAGAGAGACAAAACACCAAAAAGUAUAAAGAAGAAGAUGCCCCCAAAGACUCCAAGAACAAAAGCUGCAUCUAAAGCACCAACAACAGGACAUGCUGACUCACCAGCUACUAUAGUUAUUCACAAGAAGUUAACAUCCACUCCUGCUUUAUUACCCAGAAAGGGAAGGAAAAGCAUUGGUGUAAGAAAGGCAAAACCAAAAUCUACUUCAAGACUAUCCGGUAUAGCUGACAUUUUUAGGACUCCAAGUCCAGCAAGUUCUCCUGAGAGAACAGGAACACCACACUCACUCUAUUCUGAUCUGCCAGAAACACCCAUUGGUCCUGGGGAAAUGUUGGUAUCACCAAUGUCUUCAACAAAAAGAAAGUCUGUCCCUACACCGAAGUUAGUUGGACUAAAACAGUUGUUAACUACACCAAAACAGAGAAAGUCACCAGCUAGUCCUUCAGGUGUAAAGGAAAUGUUUAAGACACCUAAAUCUGUCACUCCAAAACUCAAAGCAUCAAAAAGCACACUUAAAAAGUCUACAGCUAAAAAGUCACCAGUAGUUACCAAGUCUCCUGUUGUCAGACAUGGCAGAAAAAGACUUAACCCUGCAUCCCCAGAUGUUCUAGAAACUGAGUUGGAGAGACCAGCUAAACGAGCAAAAAGAGGUGCAGUUAAAAAGACUCCAGUAAAAUCCCCCAAGAAGGUUGCAGAAACAGUAACAGAGGUUUCAUCUAAGAAAACACGACGAGGUGCAGUUAAAAAAUCACCUGUUAAAAGUGCUACAAAGUUGACACCUGCCAAGGCCUCAAGAGGUAAAUCCAAAGUAACUGUUUCAAAGGAAGUAGUAGCUGUACCAACACCUGAUGUACCAAGAGCUAGAGGUAGAAAAGCAUUGCCAAAAUUAAAGACAUCACCAAAAGCUUUGAAGAAUAAAGCGGCAGCUUACAGCAGUCCAAGAGUGGAAGUAGUAAAGAAAUCUCCUGUAGCAAAGAGAACAACAAGAAGAGGCAAAGUAGUAACACCUGCUAAAAUUCAGAAAAUAUCUACUCCACUGAAAAAAGGAAGAACAGGAAAGUCUGAAAAACCUGUUACAAAAGUCGAAGAGAAAAAAUCCUCUAAAUCACCAGUGAAGGCAACUACACCCAAAAAGAAGGCAACCAGAGGUAAAGCUAAAACUGCAACAAAUGAAGAAACUGUCACUCUUCAGGAAACUGUUGCAAGUCCAGCUAAGAAACCUGUCCGAGGUGGAAAACGUAAACGAUCUAUCUCAUCUGCUGAUGCUGAACCUCCAAGUAAAAAGCCUGGAAAAGUCCAAACAAUUUCACCUAAGAAAGUGGAAACACCAACCAAAUCACCAGCUGCAAAACGUACAAGAGGGAGAGGAGCAGGGAAAUCAUCUCCAAAAAAGCCAGCAACACCUGCAAAAUCGGCUGCAAUAAAAAAGACAAGGGGAAAAGUCAAUACAGUGGAAACUCCUGCUGUGUCACCAGCAAAAAGAGCAACACGUGGUAAGCCUGUUAAAUCUCCGAAAAAGGCAGGAACUACUGUUGUUCCACUUGAAGAACAGAAAACUGCAAAACCAACUCCUAAAAAGUCUCCAGCCAAACCAGCAGCAAAGGAAAAAGCUUCAAAAUCAAAGAAAUCGAAGAGCACUGUUGUUGCCCCAGAUGUUGAACCAACACCCAAGAAGAUGGUAACUCCUAAAAAGUCACCAGUCAAACGUGCAACAAGAGGCAAAGCAGCCAAAAAAGAAACACCUAAAAAUGCAGAGAAAGGGGAGACUGCAGUUAUUGAGACACUGAAGCUGGAUACUCCUAAAAAAUCUCCAGUAAAGAGAUCAAGAGGAAAAUUGGCAAAAGCAGCCUCACCUAAGGCUAAAACGCCUGUAAACAGAGCUAAACCAAGGAGAGGAAGGGCAGUUAUGCCAAAUCAAUCACCAGCAGUUGUUUUGACACCAGUAGCUAAACUAAAAUCACCUAAAAAAGCUAGUACAGCCAAAAAACCUACAAGAGGAAGAAAAGUCAGUCCUGUCAAAGCUGUACCUGUUAUAGACGAAGUUUUACAAGAAGCAGCAGUAGAAUCUAAGCCUAACAAAAGAGGUGGGAGAGCUGUAUCUCCAGUUAAACUCCAAACUCCAGUAAAAAAAAUUACAAAGAAAAGUGGAAAGCGGAAGGCAGCAACACCGGCAAAAAUGUCUAGUCCUUCAAAAGUCAGCAAAGUUGACGCUGAAACCGUGCAGCAACCAAGCAAAGGCAAGAAAACAAAAGUGGUGAAAACAGCUAGUCCAUCACAAGUAAAAUCUACCAAGAGAGGAACAAGAGGGAAUCCGAAAGCAAAAACUCCUGAGAAAGUAUCUAUAUCAUCUCCGCCCAAAAAAGCAGUGAAAAAGGUGAAAACUGUCUCGCCAAAACAGAAAACAUCUGUUAAACGAGUGACAAGAGCUAGAAAAUGAUAUUAAUUGUAAAUAUAUAAAUGUACAAAUUGUAGAUACUGUAUUUAUAGUAAAUGGCUUUUGGAAAGUGCAAAUAAAACCACAAUGUGUUCACAAAAUCUUAUUUUAAUAAAACUGGUAUUGUGUCAUCUGUAGAAAGAUCCAGAAAAAAUGUUCUUUUGAAAGAUAAUAUUUAUGAUCAUUAUUUCUUUUUCUUUUUCUGUCAUUUAACAACUAACUUCUUAAAGAAAUCAAACAACUAUUUUAUGUAUUGAUGGUUUUUUUAUAGUCAAAACUAGGGUUGAGCCAAGCUCACUAAAAAAAGAUGUCAGAGUUGCAUAAUUUUUUUUUAUCUCAUUAAAGGCAGCUUUUCUGUAAAAUAUUAUGUAAAUGCACUUGUCUUGUAAAGAAGGGUUAAAAUACACUGUCUUUAAGGUACUGUAAACAGGGGAAAAAACCAGGUAUAGUGUUGUAAAUUUGUUCUAUAUUAUUUUGUAAUCAUUGUUUUAAAGUAUUUAUUACCUCCAGUGUUUAAAGUGAAGAAUUUUUUCGCCACUUAUUAUUGUAAUGUAGAAUUUUAACUUAUUUUAUUUGACAAGAACAUGUUUUUAUUAUCUCAGAUAUUUUCUGUAUUGAAAUUUUAUUUUUUUGUCAUGUUUUAGCAUCAAAAGUGAUUUUAUACCAUUUUUCAUCAUAUUUGUUAGAAAUAUUAUUUUUUAGUAAUGUAAUUAAAGCUUGCAUUAAUUUCUUCUGAGGAAAAUUCUCAUUUUUUAACAUCUUUCAUAAAAAAAUAUGUGACUUAGAAAAAAACUGAUUUUUGUGCUUUGCACAUCUAUUUUGUUCAUGUAAUUGGAUUAAAGGAGUAUUCUUAUUCACAAUGCAUUUAAAGUAGUAUGAUUAUAUUACUUAUCCAUUUUUAUUUCAGGGAUGAUUUUCAUUUUGCCCAAAAAUGGAAGUUGAGAAAAAUAAUCUGAUCUUUAAACAUGAGUAGCUAAAGAUUAAUGUAAAUGGUAUAUAAGUCCUCAUUAAUUGUUGGUUAUUAACUAAAAUUGUAGCCAUUUUCUCAAAGACAUUGUAAGACAAACAAUUCAUUAUAAAUUGUAUUGAAUAUUUGUCAUUAUUUUUUGAGGAAAACUCUUUUACUUAGCAUAAAACUAUUGUAAUUAUGUUAAUUAUAAAUGGAGACUUCAUUUAAAACAACACAAAUUGUUCUUACACCUUAUGUACAUCUGGUUUGUCAGUUUAAAACUUCAUCAUUAUUUAUAUUUAUGAAAUGAGUUUGAUUUUUCAUGUUGGUCAUGGGUAAAAUAUUUUUAACAUCAAAUUUUUUAUUUCAAUAUUCAUUGAAUAUGGAAGUUUUUUUUUGCAUGAAGCUGUUAAUAAUCAUGAAAUGGAAUAUACAAACUAAAUUAAAAUACCAAAUGAUUCACAAAGUAAAAUUUGAAUAGUGCCUUAAGAUCAGAUUCAUUACAUACAAUUGUAAUUAUAAGCACAAUAGCAACCUGAAAAUUAUAUAAAAGGUGUCCAUAUUAUAAUAUUUUUUGCCUGGUUUUAGAAUUUUCAUUGUUUUUCUGCAACUGUUGUAUAUAUAUAUAUUCAUCAAUUAUCACAUUAUCAAUCAUAUACCAUUUUAUUUCUCAUCUUGUCACUUCUCAUUGUCUGGUACUUUUUCUUAAUCAGUGAAAAACUUUUAUGGUAUGUACAAUGAAAUUUUACAAGUCCUGUACUGUAUGUUGAUGUCAUUUUACCCAUAAACAAUAAAUUAAUGGGAAAGAU